CCGCGCGCGCCUCCUCCACUUCGCCGUCGAGGUCAUUUGUCGGCGCGGCGAGCAGCACGAGGAGGAGGAGGAAGACGACGACGAGAAAGAUGCUGGCCGCACGUAUGCUGAGUUUGAUGGGACGGAGGGCGCUCGCCACCACGGCGGCGCGGCACGGCCACGCGGUGGUUGCAAAGCCCGAGGAGUGGAGCCUGCCCCAGUACACGGACCGCAUGGACGUGCCGCUGCCCGACAUCCCCUACGUGCGCGACCUCGCGUCGCAUCAGCUCGCGCUCAAGGAGAAGGAGAAGGGACCCUGGACGGCGCUCAGCCAAGCCGAGAAGCUGGCGCUGUACCGCAUCAUGUUCAACAAGACGUACGCGGAGAUGGAUCAGCCCUCGCACGAGUGGAAGACUGUGCUUGGAGCGGUGUUCUUCUUCUUCGGAUUCACGGGACUGCUCAUCAUCUGGCAGCGCCACUACGUGUUCGGGCCGGUGCCGCACACGCUGUCCGAGGAGUGGGUUGCGAUGCAGACCAAGAGGAUGCUGGACAUGCGCGUCAACCCUGUGGAGGGCUUCUCCUCCCAGUGGGACUACGAGAAGAACGAGUGGAAGAAGUGAAUUGUCGACGGCGUCGCCAACACCACCACCACCAACACCACCCGCUCGCCAAACUCGGCGUGCGUGCGAGUGUGCGUGCGUGUACGGGUAUCCCAUCUGUCACACCCACUGCUAAAAGCGGACUUGGCCUUGCGUCAUGCCGGAGAGAUGGUGGGCUUCUUCUCUGAGCUU